AUGAAACCCAAAAACAAAGAGGGCGGCCCUCUUGAGCAGAAGCUAGUGCCCUGUCGCUUUGAAUUGCCGCCUAAGCAGCCUGAUUCAGCGGUGCCAGAGGAGGACAGCAAGGAGGUUUACCAAACGACGGAAUCAUUCGAGGACACACAGGACACUCAGGAGCCUCCUCCUCAACCUCCUUCUCCUUCUGCUCCUGAAAAGGACGAGUCGGCAAAGAAGCCCAAAAGCAACUCUCCGCCACCCUAUCGCUCGUUGCGUGAGAAAGAAAAGAAGAUGCUUAGCACUGAAGGUCAACAGCAGCAGCAGUCUGAGGAACAGCAGUCGAGCUCACCUGUUAAUAAUGCUCCAGCAGAAACUGCUGCUGCUGCUGAGGAAACUGCCUUCAAAGAGACUGAAAGUGAUGUUGUGCCUACUGCUGCCACUGCUUCUAAUGAUAAAUCGGCCGCAAAGGAUUCUAAUGGAAAUGUGACUGAAACCACCAAAGAGAAUGAAGCAGUUUCUCCGGUGGAAAAGCAGCCGCCAGAGGAAAAUCUUUCGACCGCCAAGAAGCUGCUUUCUAGAAUUUCCAAAGCGUUUGAGUUUGCCGCUUCUCCAGGCAAGGAAUCAGUUGUUCCUCCUUCUUCUCCUGCUAAAAAACAAUAUCCGGAACCGAAGCAAAAGGCUGCUGAACCUGCUGGCAAAGAGUCUGAGGCUGUUUCUCCGGCCAAGCAACUCGAGUCUGCUCCAGACAAGGAUGCUGAUUCUUUUGCCAAAGAUUCUAAACAGCAGCCAGAAAAGCAGACACUUGUUCAAUCCAGUGCAGAGCCGCCAAAGAAGUUGGAGAUUGCUCCUAGAGCCCAGCAGCUUGACAUGUCUCCAGGCAAAGAUUCAAAUUCUUCUGCUAAAGGACAACAGCAACCCCUAAAGCAAGGCUCACUGAGUUCUGAAGAAAAACCGCACAAGAAGUCUGAAAUAGCUCCUAAAGCUAAGGAGCCUCAAACUGCUUUGGGCAAAAAUCCUGAUGCUUCAGGACAGCAGCAGCAGCAAGUGAAGUCACCGCCUGUUGAAUCGAAUGUCAAACCACAUGAGGAGGCUGCUUCUUCAGCUAAGCAAAAUGAAACCGCUCCAGACAAAGAUUCAGGUGCUUCUUCGGCCAGCGAACAACAGCAGCAAACUAAAAAAGAUGAAAAUCCAGAUGAUCAUCAAACUUUUGAUUUGCUCACUGCUUUUUGCGCUUUGCUGGUUGCCCUCUUUGCUGCCUAUAUCAUUUUUGGCUAA